AUCCCACGCCCAACAGAGCAUUGUUCUUCAACCACCAAUAUGGCUGAAGUCGUUGCUGCGCUUAGUCUAGCAGCGAACAUCCCGCAAGUACUCGACUUCGGCGAACAGUUCGCGAUCGCGGGCUGUGCAAUUUAUCAAGCUAGACCUAGGAGCGUCGAAGUGCUCUCCGACCUCCAGAGCUCCUCGAGUCGCUUUCGCUCCGUCCUUACGGAGCUUCAAAAAGGAGCCGCUCGGGCUCCCACUUCUAACGUGACAAAUGGCGACGAUGGUAUUCUAGUGCUGGCCAGCAAGUGCUCAGGCGUUCUGAAGCAGAUGCUAGAGUCUAUUGCAAGCCCUGGUUCGCUCGAGAAGGGUCGAAAGCGUGAUGCAGCGAAGGUGGCAUUCAAGCUCGUGUGGAAGAAAGGCGAUAUCGAAUCUCUCCAGAAACGCCUUGACCAAUUUCGAGACGAGCUCACCCUCCAUCUCGUUGUAUCGCUCCGGACCACCGCAAGGCUAAGCCUGGAGAAACAAGAUGAAAUUUUGACAGAGCUGCGCAUCAUGGCUGCACAUGGGGCAGGCGACCCGUUACAACAGAUUUCGAGGGGGCUUGGUUCAGAAGUGGCCGAUUUUAUUACUCAGAAGCUUGAGGAAUCUGGAAAGGAAAAGCACGACCUCGUCAAAAACCUCAUUCGCGGUUCAUAUAACAAGGCGGAAUCAUCCGACAACACAGUGCCACCAAGCAUACAUAUUUCUCCGGAACGGAAGAAAUAUCUAGAGAUUCAGUUUCUAAGCCAAAUCCACUACCAGGGGAUGAAGGACAGAGAGUAUGGCAUUCCCGAGGCUCAUGAGGAUACUUUCAAGUGGGUUUUCAAUGACAGCGAGGAUGAGUCCGCCGACUGGUCCAACUUGAGACAAUGGCUUGAGUCAGAUGAACAGAUAUACUGGAUCACCGGAAAAGCCGGAUCUGGAAAGUCCACAUUGAUGAGGUUCCUCUCUCAGCCUACUCAAGCGACAACGGCAUCUGAGACAUCUAAGAAUCGAUGUUGGCAGCAUUUGCAGAAGUGGACUGGCGGUGAAACGCCUCUCAUAAUGGCGUCAUUCUACUUUUGGGCUGCAGGAGCAUCGGAGAUUCAGACAUCACAGUCUGGCUUAUUCCGAAGCCUCCUAUAUCAACUUCUACAGGCAUGCCCCCAGUUCAUUGCCUCAGUCUCUCCAACAAGGUGGGAAUCAGUGUCUUUGUUCAACGAGGACAUGAGGAAUAUCUCGGAAGAGGAACUCCGCGAGAUGUUGUACCGGGCUGUUGGGCUCAUAACGGCAACCAGCAAGGUCGCGCUGUUCGUGGACGGACUGGACGAAUUCGACGGGAAGCCUGAGAUUUUGAUCGUUCUUCUUCGCAGACUCACUUCCAGCUAUCCCAUUAAGGUUUGCCUGGCCAGUCGCCCUUGGACCGAGUUCGAGGACGAAUUCAAAAGUAAGCCAAACUUGAAGCUUGAAAACCUCACUCGAUCGGAUAUUCGAAACUACGUCACAGCCGAGUUCCAGGAGAAUGAAAACUUCAGACAGCUUCAGCAGAGAAACCUGAGUACCGCCGAUCACUUCAUCGAAUCCAUCGUCAAGAAGGCCUGUGGUGUGUUUUUGUGGGUUAGACUCGUUGUUGCCUCACUGCUUGCUGGUCUUGGCCACGGUGAUCGCAUUGAAGACCUCGAAAAGCGCCUGGCGGCUCUCCCUCCAGAGCUAGAAGAACUCUACGGAUUAAUGCUGGACCAGAUUGAUGGUUUCUAUCAAGAGCACGCCUCGCAAUAUUUUCAACUUAUGGCAUCGUGCAUCGAGCAGCCUUCGCUUCUCCUGUUCUCAUUUGCAGAUGAAUCAUCGUUCACCGACUACGCACUACACCUUCAGCCCGACGACCUAUCGGAAAGAGGAAUAUCGAACCGUCUAGAUGAUAUGCGGAGACGGCUGAAAAGUCGAUGUAAAGGACUACUUGAAGUCAACCACAGCGAGGAAGAGCCGGACUCCUUUGAGAGCUACGUUUCAAACCACACCGUUCAGUAUUUACAUAAAACUGUAAUGGAGUAUGUCCGGAGCCCCAAAGUUCAAUUGAAGCUUGAGGGUUAUUUAACGAAACCUUAUGACGCUACAGUCAGGCUUCUCGCAGCAAAUGUGGCGUUGGGCAAGGUAGCUAUGUGGUAUGAACGCUACGGUCCCGAACGAGUCGAUCCGACUCGCCUCUCAUAUUCCCCGCCCCAUAUCAACAUUUACAUGGCCUACGCAUCUAAAUGUCACCCACACCAGAGCGAGAAUGUAAUCCGACUUCUGGAUGGGCUUCGUGACUUUACCCAAUCUUCUGGCUUUCAGCUACUCUUUGAACCUCCUGAACAAACCGACUUCAUUUCCCUCGCGAGGCUCAAAAGGGACAAAUUCGACGAUUACUUCCUCUGCGUUGCCACUAGCCUACAUGUUGUGGAAUAUAUCAAGGCCAAAGCCGACUGGGGCUGCUGCAUCACCUUCCCCACGGGCACCGAACUAAUGCUAUACUGA